AUGGGAGAACUAUUUGCAAGUGGAAUUAAACAAUUUGCAAGAGCGAUAUGUAUAUCAACAACAAGAAAUAGUCCAUUUGCACGUGAGCUACUUAACUUGGAGAAGUUGAAUGUGAUUCACAAAUAUGGGAGGCACUAUUUGCAAGUGGAAUUAGACUAUUUGCAAGAGGUUUAUAGCAUGGAUAUAAAUCUGAUUCCUAGACUUGAUCGUGAAUUUGACAAUAUAGAAGAAUCAUGGGAAUUUUGGAAAGCAUAUGGUAGGAGGACUGGGGUAAAAAAGCCAGACAAACGAGAUGCUCAAACAAGGAAGCCUAGAGAUGAGAUAAGAACAGGUUGCAAAGGAAGAAUGAAAGUGAAAAAUGUAAAUGGAAAAUUCAAAAUAAAUGAAGUUUUCCUAGACCAUAAUCAUCCUCUUCAGCCUCCUGAAGCUGUUCACUUGUUUGCAUCUUAUCAAGGAUUAACACCAGCUCAACGUUAUGAAUUAGAAAAUGCUGAAAAAGUUGGGAUUAGUCAAAAAUCAGCAUUCAAUUUGCAAAGUCAAUAUGCAGGGGGUCGAAAUAAUUUGGGAUUUACAAGAGUUGAUGUAAAGAAUUAUCUUAAUUCAAAACGGCAACGAGCUAUGGGAUACGAUGAAGCUGGAUGUAUAUUUCGGUAUUUUGAGCAACUAUUAGCAGAAAAUCCGUCUUUUUUUCAUGCUCACCAAAUGGACUCAAAUGAGCAAGUGACAAAUGUAUUUUGGGCUGAUGCACGCAUGUUGGUCGAUUAUGCUUGCUUUGGAGAAGUCAUUUCACUUGAUACAACUUACUGCACAAACCGUGAAUAUAGACCUCUUGCAAUUUUCUCUGGCUUCAACCAUUACAGAAAAGGGAUAAUAUUUGGAGUGGCAUUAUUAUAUGAUGAGACAGUUGAAAGUUUUAAAUGGCUCUUUGACACUUUUCUCUGUGCACACAAAAAUGCAAGGCCAUUAACUGUUUUCACUGACCAAGAUGCUGCUAUGUCACGAGCAUUACAAGAAGUGAUGCUAGAUGUAAAGCAUGCCUUGUGCACAUGGCAUAUUUCAAAUAAUGCAAUGAAGCACCUUCCAAAUUCAAUGGCAGAUUUUGAGACACUUGACAGGUUGCCAAGGUUGAUAUUACAAAGUUCAAGUAUGCUUCAUCAACUUGCUGAGGACUAUACUCGACCUAUUUUUGACUUGUUCCAAUACCAAUGUGAUCUACGUGAUGCUACACGUAUAAAAGAGAGAAAAGAAAGAAAGAUCACCAUGAACAAUGAUAGUGCCACCGUGUUUGAUUAUGUGAUCACCAUGGAUAAUAGUAAAUGGGAGCAUAGUUUGACAUUUGAACCUUCCACAGAGACAAUCACCUGCAGUUGCAAAAAGUUUGAAUGA